UCUUAGUCGCCAAAUAUUGAUUUCACUUAAUAUUGAAUCAUCCAAAGAAAGAAGUGCAGACUCUAUUUUAAAAGAUUUAAAUGACAUGAUUGUAUAUAAAAACAUGACUUCCAUAGGUUUGAAACCUACCACAAAGUAUUUAGAUGGAGAUUUUGGAUUUAAACAUACUCAAAAGUUAUUGGAUUGGGAUAAAUACAAGUGGAGAUUUUUGAGUGUUAUAUUAACACUUGCAAUUUUAGUGGUUCUUUUUUUUAAUAGCACAAAAAAGAGAAAGCAAGGUAAAAAAGGACAUCCUUUAAAGUGUCAUAACAUUGCUGUUUUACAACUUGGAUUAAUUAUUUUUGAUUUUGUAAUGGAUGUCCUUUUUGUCAGUAAGAAUGCCGGAUUUAAACUUUUCCAAGCUCCAUUUUCAACAAAAGGAAAAAAUACAAUCUUUUGGGCUUCUUGUUUAGCCAUUUUUGUUGAAGAUAUACCGCAAGUGAUCAUUCAGGCGGUUGCAUAUGAUAUAAUUCCUCUACUUGCUCUCGCCUCUUCUUGUCUUAGCUUGUUAAUAAAUAUUAUUGGCAGAUUGUUUCAAGCAAUAAAAAGAUGUCGACAUGGAACUUUGGAAUAUGGAAGUAUACAGAAUCAAGAGGAUUUUCAGGAACCAGAUACUGAAAGAAAUUUCACUUCAGACAAAUAA